UGUCGUGUAUCAGGCUUAGAGUAUAGUUAAGUUCGCGAAAUUGACUAUUUAUUUGCUUCUGCUUGAUCUUUUGCAAUGGCCUCCAGACGAUAGUCGUAAAAUCAAAGAAGCGACAGUAAGACGAGGUUUUCCGAACGGUGACCGGAAGUUGAUAGAUUGUUAGAUGAAAGUCUCUUUGUUUCCUGCAUAACGGCUGUCUCUUAAUCCUUACCAUCGAGAGACGAAAUCCUUUCUUAUUGUUUACCUUCAUUUGUUUUAUCACAUUUUAUCCCUCUCUUAAUCAUACGGUCCUUUAUUUGUGUCUCUAAGUGUAUAUUUAUUUCGUAAAUAUGGCCGAUAUUGAAAAUGGUGAACAGGAAGAAAGUUUUACAGAAACCAAUGGAGAUUUCGACACAAGUCAGUUCGAUCCCGAAGCCACUGACGCCGACACAAGUGCAAUAACGACGGAAGAUGUUGGCGUGGAAGAUCCGGAACUCGAGGCUAUCAAAGCCAGAGUCAAAGAAAUGGAAGAGGAAGCUGAAAAAUUAAAAGAAAUGCAGAAAGAAGUUGAUAGUCAAAUGAAUAUGAGUUCUUCAUCUAUAACUUCUUUUCCAAGCGUUGAUGAAAAAAUAGAAGCUGAUGCUCGUUCAAUAUAUUGUGGUAAUGUUGAUUACGGUGCCACAGCAGAAGAAUUGGAGCAACAUUUUCAUGGUUGUGGCUCAGUAAACCGAGUGACCAUUCUGUGUGACAAAUUCACAGGCCAUCCAAAAGGAUUUGCAUAUAUUGAAUUUGCUGACAAAGAUUCAGUGGCAACUGCAAUGGCUUUGGAUGACUCACUUUUCAGGGGAAGGCAAAUUAAGGUCUCUCCAAAACGGACAAAUAGGCCAGGCAUCAGUUCCACAAAUCGCUUCCCACGCAGUAGAGGUAGAAGCAGGGGACGCGGGUUUACCCCCAGGGGAAGAAGACCUUAUGGGAGAUACCGAAGAGCAGCCUACUAUUCCCCUUACUGAAACUAAAAUAACAAGAAAGAAUGAAGGAUACUAUGGUGGCAACCAUGGUGGUAAAAUAACUCAUACUUCCCAAUAUUCUAUCGAGUUACAGCCUGAUUUUUAAUCAACAUCGAUGUCAGAAGUUUUGAAUUGCUCAUGUCGACCACCCUUUUAUUCUCGUAGCAGAAUCAAAAUCCAUGAUCUACAGUAAUUUGUAUGUCCCAUAUGGAUAAAAUGUGCCCUGCUGCAUGAUAUUUCCAUCAUUUUAACAUACUUACAAUGGCUUGUGAGAGGAUUGGUCGUUUGAAAGUGUGAAUGAGUGUAUGUUAUGAGAAGGGCAGAUUGUCAAUGAACUGGUGCAGAAAAGAAAUAGAAAUUUACAGUUCUAUAUUUUUGUAUUUUGUUUUAUCAAGGCCAGAAUAUGACUUCCCUGUAUUAUAGUGGAAUAAUUGUGUAUUUUGGUGGUCUUAACUAUGGACGUUAAAAUACUGUUGGUGUUGUCUUUUAAUGUGUACACUGUUGUCAAUGUGCGCUUUUAUGUCAUAGUAAUCUGGACUACUGCAGAUUCUAUGAAUGACACUUGAAAUCCCUCUGAGUUAUAACCCUAAUAUUGGUAGAGAAGGAAGAAUAUUUCAUAUUUUAGCUUCUAAAUAACUGCAUCACAUUAUCUCAGGAGAAUAGCACCUUAAGGUUAUUUUCUUCAUACUUUAAAAGGCCUCAAGACAUUCCCCUUUAAAUGCUCUCAAAAUGGUCUCUAGUUUUGAAUGUGGGUAGUAAAUUGUGCACUUCUCGCUUAUUGAUGCUUUCUUUUUCAGCUGAAUUAUCCUAUUUAUCAGUGUUUUCUCUUGUCUGCAAUUUUAACAUAGAUCUUGUUGAUAUUAUGCUAAUCAUAUUUUCUUUCAGAUUGACGUGAAAAUAUUUGACUCAAAAUAAGAAAAUAUUGAAAACAAAAAGAUUGAAAAAAAAUGUACAGAGAAAAAAAUAUGAAAAGAGAAAUAUGUGCAGAAAA